AUGGCAGUCCCCUAUGCGGCCCCAUGUAUCCCGGUUUUAUUGGAUGCGAUGGUCCGUGAGUUGCUCAACUCCAAGAGGGCCGGACGCCAGGGCAAUGUCGCAUUAUACCAGCCGUCGCCUUUCCUUCCCGAGACGUCGGCCGAUGGAGACGACUCCAAAAGUGAAGGCACACGAAUUUCAAAGGUUUCUCUUGUGGUUGACCAGCGAAACCGCAAGUCACCAGAAGCUGACAAAUCGGAAAAUUCCAUCGGCCAGGGGAUGACGUCAUUGAGCAAACCUACACCGUUUGAGCAGCCCUUCAAGGUGGUGACACCGCCAGGCAUUAGUGGCUUUGAGGUAGUUGAUGGAGAACUUCAUUUUGUGUGCUUGGAGGGCCCCGUAGGCGAGCUUCACCAAAUCACACGUGCGCUUUAUGCAGCGUCGGGAGGCACUGGCGAUGUUAAGUUCUGGAUGAACUCAGAGCUUUUUGUGCCGAUGCGGUAUUAUCACCACUACCCACCGCUUGUUACCCCCCCAGGGGGUCACGCUGGUGAACAUUCCGAUGCCGAAACUCCUUUUGAGAUAACACACCCAUCGACUACGAAGAGGUCCACCUUUUCGGUGGCUGACUUAGAUAUCGAUGAGGCUGGUGGAGGUUGUGGCGGUCGUAUUCAUCGCAUUCGGAUUAGCAAAUCACUUUUGGAUCUGAAAGCUGAGCCGCUUUAUUUGCUGCACCAUGCCCUUUCGCAGGACUGCCUCGAAUGCAUCCAUAAGUUGCACCAACUGAGGCAGUGCCUCACCCUUCGCGAGGCGUUCGAAAGGAAUCUAUUCCCUACCGCCGAAAGUCUGAUAGCUUUGGAACGUACAUUCGGAUCAACUCUAUCCCUAAUAGAUAUUUUUGGUCGAGACGAGUACAAAAGUUCUGUUAACCAGCACGUUACAUCUGAACAGGUAAAUCUGCCGAAUAAGCGUAUCGAGGCUUGUUCGUCCAUUUCAGUAGUAAAUAUCGGCGAGCUUAAGGAGGAGGAUGUGGGUCGUUUGACUUUCUUCCAAGGGAUAAGAGCUGAAACUAAAACCCAACCUAUACCGCGGCAUCUCUUCGAGCGCUUCCAUAACCCGAUUUGGAUGCAAACUGAUGCAGGCGAGCAGGUGCUUUGUGCAUUUCAGAAAGAAAGCCCUUCCAGCAUCGUCCGUUACCAUGUAGAUGGGCAGGUGGUGCGAUUCGGUGACACUUACCUCUUAUACGUUUUGGAGCACCACUCCCUCGCCAAGAGCAUGACCAAUUCCAAAAAUCCAGCCUUUGAAACCAUACUGCGGGAGCGCAGCCGACGUGAGAAGAAGCAACAACUGGACACUAUAAAAAAGCUCCAAAGAACAUUCCAGACGUGUUCUUCAUCAACAGGGAUCAAGGGAAAAAUCUAA